CUCAUAAAACAAUAAACAAGAACUAAUCAGAAUUUGUUAGUUUAAACAAGCGGUCUAAGAGAUAAGCGGCCAGUAUCAUUUGAUUUGACCACAGUGAAGUAUGAACGACUGAAUUGAAAUUAUGGAAGAUAAAAGCAGGCUCUCUGUUCAAAAUAUUUUGCUUUUUUUCUGCCUUUUCGGGUUUUUGAGUUUGAGUUUUAUAACAUGCUUCAAUACCAUGAGAUUGCAUCGUUUGGAGAAGGAAGUAAAGGACCUCAAAGAAACAAUGGCUGUAAUGACUAUGGAUUAUAGCAGGAUAUCCCCUCCAAGAACUAAACGGGAUAUUGAAUCUACUGAAGAUGUAGAAAAUCUUAAUGUGCAUAAACCUUUGAUUUUUGAUAACAAAAGGUAUCCUAAUUUAAAAGGAUUAUCUGUCACGUAUAUGCCUGCUCGUAAAUCCUUUAUUGGCAGUUAUCCUUUAAAUAAUCCGGAUAGGAUUCCAAACCAUUCAGUAACCUUAAAGCCCUCAGUUCAGGUUAGUACAUCUAAAGUACAUUUUGACCAUUAUGUUAAGAGGUCCUUUUUUAAAUCUGGCGAUUCAGGCAUGUACGAUUCAAGCGAAAAUACGGCAGGUCCAGACUAUACAGUGUUAAACGAUGGGUAUGCUGGAACUAGAAAACGUAACAGACAAAGACUGGAGACUCUGGAUGAAAAACACCCGAGGACAGGCAGAAUCAAACCACUACCAACGAUACAUUUCAGUGGUGAUACUUCGAGAUACGUGUACGGAACACACGAAAAUUUUAACGGCAACGGGCAUUUAAGGCACCUUCAAAGAACUUUUAUAGAUUGGAAGGCUAAUAAUUGGGUAGAAAAAACAGGAAUGUCUAGUCAUUUUAAUCUGGAAAAUGGACAUUUGACUAUAAGAGAGCCAGGAAUUUAUUUCAUUUACGCCCAGAUCUAUUAUCUGGAUGAACACGACCAAAUCGGUUACAGGGUGUACAAAAAUGACGAUACAAUACUCCAGUGUACAGUUUUCUCAAACACUAGCAGAAGAACGAUGAAAGGAAAUACGUGUUAUACGGCUGGAGCUGAAUAUCUUGCAGAAAAUGACAAAAUCAGUCUCGGAGACUUAUCUGAUGGUCGUUAUUCUUUAUUCGAACCUGGAAAAUCAUUUUUCGGAGUGAUAAAAUUGGGAGAUGUCAGAGCUAGAGUGUAAAUAAACCCUCCAUUUGCAGUAUUUAAAGAGAGAUAAUUGUAUUAAGUUAUUUAUUUGUGAUUCACUUCUUUUGAUAAACAUCUUUACGAAAUGUUGUUCGUAAUCACUUGUUUAUCCGCAAGGGUCAUUUCGGUUUCCUGUAUUUAUCUAAGUAGGCUUGGCUAAUUGGCGCAAAUAAGUGUUUUAUUGCUUCUAAUAAGUUUCUGGAAUACAUCAGUGACUAAUUGAUAAAGUUCUGUAAUGUACAGUACACAAGAAAGUUAAAAGUUUAUAUUUUCGGAAAUACAUUUUUUUAAUUAAA